AUGUCCCCGUCCAGCAUCGAUGUAGAGUUCCUGAUACGCUUCAAGACAUCGACGUACAUCCCAGUUUCUAGUGCAUCGCUACUCGCGUACGAUUUCUUACUCACCUUUGCCGACGAAAUAAGGUACGUAUGGGGGUCGAAAUGGAGCGUUGGCAAGGCAUUAUACCUCCUUGCCCGCUACCCACUCCUAUUCAACCUGAUUGUACAACUACACCGAAAUGCUGGACACGACGUUUCCGACUCGGAAUGCCAUACAUUAUUCGCUUUGACCGGCUACAUGUAUCUCUUUGGUGUACUUGCCGCAGAAGCAAUUUUAGUGUUACGAGUAUGGGCUCUAUGGCAGCGAAGUAAACGGAUAGCGGUGACUCUCGCUGUGAUGACCGUCGCAGGACUUGCGAUCGGGCUGACGGCUGUCUUUAAGUUGGAGGGAGGGCAAUUCUUUGUUCCAAGAGGCACAGUAGUGUCACUUUCAUAUCCUGGCUGCAUAGGCGUUGCAGAUUCAAACAACUCUACACUGGCUUCAUAUGUCGUAUUAAUGGUUUAUGAAUUAGGAAUAUUCUUAUUGAUGGUAAUCAAUGGGAUAAAGGGCCACCUCCGCGUACCCACUUCGUCAAUGAUGUACGUUUUCUACAAAGAUGGAUUUCUAUAUUUUGCCUCCCUGCUUGGAAUCUCUGUCAUCAAUUUAGUCAUAAUUCUCACUCAGCCUCCUGAGUUCACCAAUUUACUCAUAUCGACACAAGCAGCCCUUCACUCUAUGCUUUCGACAAGGAUUCUCCUUAACCUUCGCCACCGAUCGGAAAGCAUGCGAGGCAGCACGAACACAUUCACCGGUUCACUAGACCUCAGCGGACUACACCGAGCAGCUAAUGGAGCGGCCACGGUAUCUGCUUCCAGCAUCAGGUUUCAGCAUAGCGGUAGGGAGUGGUUUGGGCAUGGAAGCCAAUCGGUGGCUAGAAACAAUGAUGAUGAUGAAACCGAGUUGGUUAGGUUCAGGAGGACAUGA